AUGGUAUUACUGCAUAAUGAUAUCAUAACCGCUAUAUAUCCAGUGCCAACUUCACGCAAGAAGUAUCGAAGCAGAGAAGCAAGAAGCACCGAAGCAGAGAAGCAAGAAAGCACCAAAGCACAGACGCAAGAAAGCACCAAAACGCAAAAAAGCACUAAAGUAUGCAAGAAGCACCGAAGCAGAGAAGCAAGAAGCACCAAAGCAGAGAAGCAAGAAAGCACUGAAGCACAGACACAAGAAAGCACCGAAGCACAGACACAAGAAAGCACCAAAAUACACAAGAAAGCACCAAACAGAGAAGCAAAAAGCACCAAAGCAGAGAAGCAAGAAAGCACCAAAGCACAAACGCAAGAAAACACUGAAGCACAGAUGCAAGAAAAAGCAAGAAGCACCGAAGCAGAGAAGCAAGAAAGCACCGAAGCAGAGAAGCAAGAAAGCACCAAAAGAAGCAAGAAAGCACAAACACAAGAAAGCACCAAAGUAUGCAAGAAAGCACUGAAGCAAAGAAGCAAGAAAGUACCGAAGCAGAGAAGUAAAAAGCACCAAAGCACAGAUGCAAGAAAGCACCAAAGCACACAAGAAGCACCAAAGCAGAGAAGCAAGAAGCACCAAAGCAGAGAAGCAAGAAGCACCAAAGCAGAGAAGCAAGAAAGCACCGAAGUACAGACGCAAGAAAGCACCAAAAGAAGCAAAAAGCACCAAAGCACAGACGCAAAAAAGCACCAAAGUACGCAAGAAAGCACUAAAGCAAAGAAGCAAGAAAGCACCGAAGCAGAGAAGCAAGAAAGCACUGAAGCAGAGAAGCAAGAAAGCACUGAAGCACAGACACAAGAAAGCACCAAAAAGCAAGAAAGCACUGAAGCAGAGAAGCAAGAAAGCACCAAAGCACUGAUACAAGAAAGCACUAAACACAGAUACAAGAAAUGA